AUUGGCCGCCUGCUCUCCGCCUCGCUGGAGGAAGAGACGCGGCGCUCGGAUAACAAACCGUCCGUCGGUUAGCGGAGGGUUCGUCUGAAACGCGGACUUUUCCUCGAGUGUAUGUUGAAUAAAACCCCCGGUCCGCCUUAGGAGAGUAGCUCACCGGCGGAGAUGUCGGCCCAGGCUCAAAUGAGAGCCCUGCUGGAUCAGCUAAUGGGGACUGCGCGGGACGGUUCAGUGUAUCUUUGCCAGCCUACAUCAAUCUGCAAGGGAGUUGCAGAAAAGCCUCAUGUUCAUCGAGCCGUUUGGUCAAGGAAAGCUUUACCCUUUAAUCUUUAAUAAGGCCACCGAAGGGCUGGAGCUGCAGGCGGGGUACAGUAUGGGAGAGAGAGCUCGCAGUGACGAAUCUCGGCAGAGGGUGAAGUUCACAGAUGAACGAGUGUGCAAAUCUCACCUGCUCAACUGCUGCCCUCAUGACAUUCUUUCAGGCACGCGUAUGGACCUGGGCGAAUGCUCUAAGAUCCAUGACCUGGCUCUGCGGGCGGAUUAUGAGAUCGCCUCUAAAGAGAGAGACCUGUUCUUCGAGCUGGACGCGGUGGAUCAUCUGGAGUCGUUCAUCGUCGAUUGUGACCGCAGAACUGAACUGGCUAAGAAACGACUUGCUGAGACGCAGGAGGAAAUUAGUGCUGAGGUGGCGGCAAAGGCGGAGAAAGUGCACGAGCUGAACGAAGAGAUCGGUAAGCUGCUGGCGAAGGCGGAGCAGCUGGGCGCCGAGGGCAACGUGGAUGAAGCCCAGAAGAUUCUACAGGAAGUGGAGAAGGUUCGCAGUAAGAAGAAGGACGCUGAGGAGGAGUACAGGAACUCGAUGCCAGCCUCCAGUUUCCAGCAGCAGAAGCUUCGCGUUUGCGAGGUGUGCUCUGCCUACCUGGGUCUCCAUGACAACGACCGCCGCCUUGCCGACCACUUUGGUGGGAAACUGCACCUGGGCUUCAUCCAGAUUCGAGAAAAACUGGAGCAGCUGAAGAAAACUGUUCUGGAUAAGCAGGAGCGGCGUAACCAGGAGCGCCUGAAACGGAGGGAGGAGCGAGAGCGCGAGGAGAGGAUGAAGAAGAGAACCAGAUCACGCAGUCGGGAACGCAGGAGGUCUCGUUCUCGUGACCGUGACCGUGAUCGCGAUCGUGAGCGAGAGAGAGAACGUGAUCGUGAUCGCGAGCGAGAGAGGAGGCGGAGGAGGUCUCGCUCGGCUUCCCGAGAGAAGCGGCGCACCCGUUCACGCUCCCGCUCCCGAGAGAGACGCCGGAGACACCGAACACGCUCCAGAUCUCGCUCACGCCACAGCAGGGAACACUCACACAAGUCAUCGCGAGACCGUGAUCGUGAGCGGGACGGUCGCCGUGGUUCGUCAGAGCGCAGGUCCGACGGUCUGAAUGGGAGGGUGGAGUCCCAUCGGUCCGGCGACAGAGAGGCCGGAGAGCUAUGAGCUUUGUUACCCAGCGGCACACUUUAGUUACCAUGGAAAUGCAGACUUUUAGCCUGUACCCCUUAGCUCAUACAGAACCCUCCCACCACCACACGGCUUUUCUUUUCUUUUUUUUUUUCGUUUUAAUUAAAUUAGUUUGUUUUAUUUUAGGCCACUGUUCUUCAUUCCUGUUGCUGCAGUUGUUUUCCUUGUUCCGACCUGGAUUAACUCUCAGAAAUGUAUUUCUGUUGGCCCACAGAAGCAGAUUCCACUUUUCAUUAGGCCGGUCCGACUGAUAAACGUCGCAGUUCUCGGUGGAGCAGAGAGAACUCUCUCUCUAUGAGAAUGAAGAACAUUGUCCUAAACCAACCACAUUAAGGUCUUCAGUGGUUAAACUUGGUCUGGGAGAAGCUCCAUUCACCAUAUUCACCACGUUCUCCAGCAAAACGUUUUGUUUUGUAUGCCUCCCGCUUUUUUCCCCCUCUUAUUUGAAAUCGUUUAGACUGCGGAGCUUCUUGCCGUGAACCUGUACCGUUUUGUAGAGGGUGCGCGUGUUUGUCAGGCGGCUUGAGCUUCCUUAAAAGCUGCUCUGAGGUCAGUUCCCACAGCCCUGUACAUAAACGUAGCUGCACGAUUUCCUCCCUGAGCGGACAGGAAGACGUCCACACUCCUGCGUUCCCAGUAGCAGAAGGCUAGAGAUCAGUACAAGUAUAAAUGAAUGGCUUAUCGCCAGGUCGAAUUCUCUAAUUGUGUAUUCUUUCGGGUUUAAGUUGUUCCUGUUCUUUUAUAAUACAGUUAUGAUCCAUGUUGUCCUGAUCUAACUCAUUAAAUGGAUUUUAUGAAGUUAA